GCCCCUGGCAGGCUGCUCGGCUCUCUCCUUCCUUGCCUAGGAUCCGCCCCUCCCCCUGGAGCUGAGAGACUGCUGUGUACUCACUUGUAGCCGCAGGUGCCUGGGCUCAGCGCGCCGCCACGUCCUGCCUGGCAGGUGAGGUCUUUCCCGGAUCACUCCUACCUUGCGAGUACUGUCAGCCGCUGCUCCUUGGAUAGACAGAGCAUCUCCCUAAGAUAUCCAGCUGACUUUCUGGGGCCUGUUUUGAGCAAACCCGAGUGUUUCUCCCAGGAUCAUGUAACUAGAGUGUCCAGGUUGGUGCAGACUUGACAAUGGGCGCCAAUAGUUCAAGCAAAGCACCUGUGUUUGAUGAAAAUGAAGACGUUACCUUUGACCACUUUGAAAUUUUACGAGCCAUUGGGAAAGGCAGUUUUGGAAAGGUCUGCAUCGUGCAGAAGAAUGAUACCAAGAAGAUGUAUGCCAUGAAGUACAUGAAUAAACAGAAGUGUGUGGAGCGUAAUGAAGUGAGGAAUGUCUUUAAGGAGCUCCAGAUCAUGCAGGGCCUGGAGCAUCCUUUCCUGGUGAAUCUGUGGUAUUCCUUCCAAGAUGAAGAAGACAUGUUCAUGGUGGUAGACCUCCUUCUUGGUGGGGAUCUGCGUUAUCAUCUGCAGCAGAAUGUGCACUUCCAGGAAGACACAGUGAAGCUCUUCAUCUGUGAGCUGGCCAUGGCCCUGGACUACCUGCAGAGCCAGCGCAUCAUUCACAGGGAUAUGAAACCUGAUAAUAUUUUACUUGAUGAACAUGGGCAUGUACACAUCACAGAUUUCAACAUUGCUGCCAUGCUGCCCAAGGAGACUCGGAUCACCACCAUGGCUGGCACCAAGCCUUACAUGGCCCCUGAGAUGUUCAGUUCCAGGAAGGAAGUGGGCUACUCCUUUGCUGUGGACUGGUGGUCGCUGGGGGUGACGGCUUAUGAACUCUUGCGAGGCCGGAGACCAUAUCACAUCCGCUCCAGUACUUCCAGCAAGGAAAUUGUGCAUAUGUUUGAAACAGCAAUUGUGACUUAUCCUUCUGCCUGGUCCCAAGAGAUGGUGUCCCUUCUUAAAAAGCUACUUGAACCUAAUCCAGAUCAACGAUUUUCUCACUUGAUUGACAUUCAGAACUUUCCUUAUAUGAGUGAUAUGAACUGGGAUGCGGUUCUGCAGAAGAGGCUUAUUCCAGGAUUUAUUCCUAAUAAAGGCAGACUGAAUUGCGACCCCACAUUUGAACUUGAAGAAAUGAUUUUGGAGUCCAAACCUCUUCAUAAGAAAAAGAAGCGCCUGGCAAAAAAGGAGAAGGAGAUGAGGAAAUGCGAAUCCUCUGAGACAUGCCUUCUUCGAGAGCACCUUGAAACUGUCCAGAAGGAAUUUAUAAUUUUCAACAGAGAAAAAGUGAAAAAAGACUUUAAUAAAAGGCAAGCAAAUAUAGCCUUGGAACAACCCAAAAACCCCCAGGAAGAGGAUGGUCAGAAUAACAACCUGUAAAGCCUCAACAGCUUCUUGAGACAGUUCUUGGUACCUGGCCGGAAACUUCUGAUUCACAUCAAGAAGAGCCGUAGUAGUUCUUGCCAUUCCAUACCACAUGACUUAGAAACUGUGAAUGACUUCAAAGGAGGCAGCACUCUCCAGUGAAGAGACCCCUGGUUCUGAGCUCCUCAAAUCUCAUUUCACCACUAAUUAGCUCUGUGACCCCAAGAAAACUCUUUAACCUGUCUCUGCUUUAGUUUACCCCCUGAAAGGAGAUUAGCAUAGAUGAGCUAGUGUUUCCCUUGUUAUGCAAUUAUUAUUCUAAACAGCUUUUAUUUUUAUUUCAAAAAAUGAAUAUUUCCAUGUAGAUUUAUUUUUUCAGUCUUUCUGAUUACACUGUGACAAAUGGAUAUUGCAUACAGGGAGCCUCCUCGGGGUUAGAGGAUAUCAUACAGAAGCCCGAACUCCAAAGCCUGAUUGCAUAGGAAUAAAGAAUUCCAUCAAGAAUAAAUGUGCAAGCUUAGAUUAGAAGUAGCAUAGACAUGUUUUCUCAACUUCCUCUAGUGGUAUGGCCUUGGUUAGUUGAACUUGGUAAUGAUGGAAGGAGCCCCAUAUGGAAGUUAGAAAAUGCUGCAAGUCAGGACACAUUAUUUUUCUUUUAGCAAGGCGGUUGUAAAAUACUGGACUCUGUUGCCAUGUUCCCAUAUGCUUGCCCCUCGGGGGCUAAUUUUCUUCUGAAGAUCAGCAGAGAUAUACUUCUGGAGAGGAUCAGAGAAUAUUGUCACUGAAAGCAUGAUUAUUUCACAUAGUUCAGUGAGGUCACACCUUACCGGAGAGUUAUCUUGCAAGUUAAAGUGAAUUAAGAAGCUAGUACAACUUAACUCUUCAAAAAUCUCUAACUCCACAUAACAUAAAGGAAGCACUUUUUCUCAGUGAAACAGUUCAGUGAGAUGCUUUUCUGUCAUUAAGCA